AUGGACAUCAAUAAUGCCUUUCUUCGUGGUGAUCUUGACGAAGAAGUGUACAUGCUCCUACCCCCGGGCUUCCAAACAGCUAAACCAAAUCAAGUAUGCAGGCUCACCCGAUCUCUUUAUGGCUUGAAGCAAGCGAGCAGGCAAUGGAAUGCAAAAUUAACCACGGCCCUCUCAAGUGUUGGUUUUAGGCAAUCAAGUGCUGAUCCAUCCUUGUUUACAAAGGGCAGUGCUGACAGAUUUAUCACCUUACUUGUUUACGUUGAUGACAUUAUUGUGGCAAGUAGCAAUAUGGCCUUAAUACAGGAACUCAAGGACAUGUUGGAUGCCAAAUUCAAGAUCAAAGAUCUCGGAGUUCUGGGAUAUUUCCUUGGCAUCGAAGCUAAGUUAAACGAUGAUGGCCUGAACCUUUGUCAGAGGAAGUAUGCUCUCGACAUUCUCAGUGAUACUGGCUUCACAGAAUGCAAACCUGCUCCUACCCCAAUGGUUCCAGGCUCUAAUCUAUCACAAGACACUGGCAAGCUUUUGGAGGAUCCAAGUGGCUAUCGUAGGAUGGUUGGGCGCCUUCUGUAUUUGACAGCAACUCGGCCUGAUAUCGCCUAUGCCAUUCAUCACCUCAGUCAAUUUGUGAGCAGUCCUACAGAUAUGCACAUGGUUGCUACCCAUCGUGUGCUUAGAUAUAUAAAAGGGACCCUUGGACAAGGCCUCCUAUAUCCUGCAAACAGCACUCUCACCCUAAAGGCCUUCUCGGACUCAGAUUGGGCGUCAUGCCCUGAAACUCGCAGGUCAGUCACGGGUUUCUGCGUUUUUCUUGGGGAGUCCCUAGUGUCAUGGCGUGCAAAGAAGCAGGCUACGGUGUCCAAGUCAUCUACCGAAGCUGAAUACCGUGCAUUAGCUUCCACAGCAUGCGAAUUACAAUGGAUCAAAUUCCUUCUCCAAGACCUUCUUGUUGAGGUCACUGCUCCUGCCAUCAUUUUUUGCGAUAACAAAUCUGCCAUAGCUAUUUCUGAGAACUCCGUCUUUCACGAACGGACUAAGCACAUCGAAAUUGAUUGUCAUGUGGUAAGGGAAAGAGUGGUUCAAGGCUUGAUCAAACUUCUACCUGUUUCUUCGCUCAAUCAGAUUGCAGAUGGCAUGACGAAACCACUAGCCACUCAGAUGUUUGCUACGUUUGUAUCUAAGCUGGGAGUUCAGAAUCUCCACUCUCCAGCUUACGGGGGGGUAAUAGAGGAUGAUAAAUAA